ACUUCAAUUUCAAUUAAUUUACUUGUUUCUUUUUGUUUGUGAUAUAAAUAACGUAUUUACUUAAAAUAGAUAUAUCUAUUAUAUUACUGAUAUUUUUAUAAUAAGUUAUAGGGUGUAUGAGUCUGUGAUGGAAAGCUGUACUUAGUGCUUGAAAAUAUAUAAAUACAUAGUAAAUAAUUAAUUAAUCUAGAAUACAAAAUACGAUCGAGGAUGAUGGAAAAGAGAGGAGGAGCAUUAGGAGGAGGAGAAGAAGAAAAUCGUUACUUAAAGAUACAAAGAAGUAUAUAUAGCGAUGGCGGUGGAUGGCUGCGGGGCUCGUUGCUCGGAGAAGGAGGUUUCGGCUCUGUUUUUGUAGCAAUCCUUCCGGAUCAACCUAGGCCACGACAAUUCAGAGACUACCCUUCACUUUUGGCCGUAAAAUCAGCAUGGAGUUCCUCUUCCGCCGAGCUCACGAUGGAAAAGUUGGUGUAUGACCGUUUGGGGUCUAGUCCUCACAUCAUCAAGUGCUAUGGCCACGAUUAUACCCUCCCCGAAGACUACGAGAGAUCACCAAGAUCAGGAGAAGUCAUUCUCAAUGUGUUUCUUGAGAAUGCAUUCGGUGGAUCAUUGCGUAGUUUGAUCAAGAGAAGCAGCGCUACAGGGUUGCGUGAGUCGCAAGCAAGAGCACACACUCGCUCCGUUCUUCGAGGGCUCGAGUUGAUCCACCAAAAGGGUUUUGUCCACUGCGACUUGAAGCCUGCCAACAUUUUACUGGUACCUUGUGAUGAUGAUAAUCAUUAUGGUGUUGAUGGUUUCGUGGCCAAGAUUGCUGAUUUGGGUCUAGCGAAGAGGAGUCACAUGCAUCGUCAGUCGAAGUCUAAGAGGAAAGCAGUGAGAGGCACUUUAAUGUAUCUGUCUCCAGAGGCAGUGUUGGAAAAUAUGCAAGAACAGGCUUCUGAUAUUUGGGCUCUCGGCUGUGUGGUUCUUGAAAUGUUGACUGGAAGUCUGCCAUGGGACAAGAGGCUGGAGAAAGAGGAGCUGUUGCGAAAGAUUGGUACAGAAACGCCGGCUCUACCGUUUUUCCUUACCAAGACUGCUAGAGAUUUCUUAGUCAAGUGCUUUACGAGGAACCCCAAUGAGAGACCCUCUGCUGAGAUGUUGUUGACUCAUCCCUUUGCUAUGGAAUCUCUAGUAAAACCCCAAGAGCUUCAGCAAGUGCUGUUGCAGCUUAGUGCUUUUAAUAAGGAUAUUGGUCAUUAUCAUCAUCAUCGUCAUCAUCAGAUUAUUAAUAAUGAUGAUGAUGACUUCAUUCCUCUUGGUGAAACUGAAUCCGGUUGCAAAGAUGAAGAAGAAGAAGUUCAAGUGGUUUCUGCUGCUCAUCACAUUCAGAUUAUGCCUGUGGCACUUAUGCAUCUCCACACACAAGAUAGAUAGGUAUAUAUAGCAGCUAGACUUUAUUGAUUUGAUUAAUUCUGAAAACACUGUACAGCACAAUUCUACAUCCAUUCAUAACUUUUAUGUAUAUUUAUACUUGCCAAGUUGCCAUUUGUAGGUUAUUUUACCCUUUUAUCCCUACACAACUCACACACACACAUUAGUGUACAAGGUCAUUCUUGAUCUUUCUAUAUGUUUCUGAUAUAUGUGGACAAAAAUAGUGACACGUUAUCUUUGUUGAUUCUUUUAAAGUCUUUGAUUUUAACUUUACCAAUUUUAUGCUUUACUUUGUGUUUGAACAGGCUUCGAGAGAACACCACAAGUAUAUAUAAAAUUGGGUAAACACAUCAAUACAGAACCAAAGCUCAAAGAUAACCAAACCAGAAAAGAGAUGAGAGGGAAAGAGAUACAAACACGAGAGAUUACAAGGUUCACCACCAAAAUUUGGGGUUACAUCCUUGGUGAGCUACCUCAAAGAAAGCUCGAGUCAAAUCCAUUAUCAAGAUCACAGUUUACAACAGAUUUCUGGAGAUUUCAGCCACAAGUCAGCUGAUAAUCUUGAUGCUUCAACCAGAUUUCACUCAGGAUCACUUCUCUUUCUUCUGGAGAUUUUCAUUAUAAGCUGCUUCGAGAGAACACCACAAGUAUAUAUAAAAUUGGGUAAACACAUCAAUACAGAACCAAAGCUCAAAGAUAACCAAACCAGAAAAGAGAUGAGAGGGAAAGAGAUACAAACACGAGAGAUUACAAGGUUCACCACCAAAAUUUGGGGUUACAUCCUUGGUGAGCUACCUCAGAGAAAGCUCGAGUCAAAUCCAUUAUCAAGAUCACAGUUUACAACAGAUUUCUGGAGAUUUCAGCCACAAGUCAGCUGAUAAUCUUGAUGCUUCAACCAGAGCUUCUCUCACUAGAUUUCACUCAGGAUCACUUCUCUUUCUUCUGGAGAUUUUCGUUAUAAGCUGUCAGCUUAUAUGGGGAAUUAAUUUCAACACCAUUAAUAUUGAUUCCAUCCAUAUGUUUUUUCAGAAACCUCUUCUUUAAUUAGCAGAGUCUUACUCUCAAUCUAUCUCAAGUCAUUCUCUAAAUCUAUAUCUAUCCACCGAAUGAACAAGACACGACGUACUGAGAGUGAUACAAUAUACUACAUAUUAUUAUUAAUUGAUUUCAGCAUUAUAUAUAUAAUUGUUCAGUCCAAUGUAUAGUCUCAAGGGCCAAAUUGCUUAGAAUGUAGAUCAAAGUUUCUUUGAAUUAUGUGCCCUCUGCGUUGAAUCUCUGUUAAUGAUCGAUGAAGUAGGAAUCCCAGCGAAGACCUGUACCAAACAAAACAUAUUCUACUUAAAAUUGUAAAUGCACGAGCACGGCAAAAAUAUUUUUGUAUAGGUGAAGAGAUUCAGCUUCGACGUCAA